UAGUCUUCUACCUUCGCCAUCAGCACCACCUGAGCAGCGAGAGCGAGCCGCUGGCAAGGUGCUGCAGAAGAAGUGCUCUUCUUGAGAAUUCAUUUCUCAGAAGAAUAACUAGCUUCUUUGCAGUAUCACCUUCUCUCUCUCUCUCUCUCUCCAUAUAUAUAUAUAUAUAUAUAUAUAUAUAUAUAUAUAUAUAAGGAAUAAAAAAUGGCUCGCUUUCCCUCCAGUGUUAAGCUUCUCGUUGAUGGUCUUUCCCUUUCUAUCUUUCGGAGGAGCUAUGCGGCUGCGCCACAAGAGGCAGUGUUUGGUAGGGGAGGGUCAAGGAGUGGUAUGGUGAGGAAAGUGCAAGAAAGGGGUGUGAUUAAAGAAGAUUCAGGGGCCUCAUCUGCAUGGGCUCCAGAUCCCAUCACAGGGUACUACAGGCCAGCUAAUUGUGGUUCUGAGAUCGACCCAGCUGAGCUUCGAGAAAUGCUAUUGAACCACAGGGUUAGGCCAAACUAGAAGUAGAAGAAGGCCACAACCCACAAGGUUUGUGGUUUGUGGUUUGUGGUAGUGUUCACUCUAGUCCCUUUUGGGCAGCUUAUAAGAUAGUUUGUUUUGAACUUUUUGCUAUGAUGUGUUCUUCCAUCAAAACUAUAACUAGAAAUAUAUCUCACUUCCUAGUCCUUUGUUA